AUGGGUACAGCCACCGCCGCGGGGAAUUCCACCGGGGUGAACUGGUGGACCAUGAUGAACGGCGGUACUAUUUACGAGGAGAGUCCGCCGUCAGUACCCCCAACCCUCUCCCUCGUAUCCAUUCAGCACCAGCAGCAGCAGCAGACCUCGACCCCGGGUUCACAUCAGCAAGCGACAACACCGAGUUCACCGGGUGCACCGAGUUCGGCGGCGGGUGCAUCGGCACCAGCGCAGACAGCGAGUGCAAGCUCAACAUCACCAAGUGCAUCGUCCGUGGCGAGCAACAGUGCAGCAGGACCACUUCACAUACCGGCGAAGAGGCCAUCGGCAACGCCAGUUGGUGGGACAACAUACGGCGAGGUGAGCUGUGUUGAACCAAGUAGUGGUACAUCGACAGGGGUAAUAAGACACUCACACUCGUCAUCCGCUGGCUCACAGGGUGGCUGGAGUUACAGUCCGCACAAUCCCCAGGAGGCGCACUACACGGCAGCAGCAACGGCUGACGCACUAAAUCAUCAUCAGGCGUACGGGGGUACGAAUCCCCCGACAUACUACAAUCUGGCGGACUCGGGGACAGGCUCUACCAGGGAUAACCGGAAGGCCGGGGGUAGCUUGAGCUUCUGGUCGCCGGCAACGGCCGCCUCGGCUCCUGGCUCAGGUAGCGGUGGCGCCACGACGGAGUACAAGUACAAUCCAGCGAGUGCUGGUGGCACAACAACGUCAUCGGCCUCGUCCGUUCCCACUGGCGGGACGGAUCCAGCUGUCUCCACGUGUCAUCAAAAUUUCACGCAGAGCUGGUGCAAUUAUGCCUACUCGGGGAGCCGGCAUCAUCCCAUCGAUGCGCCACCACACCAUCACCAUCCGCACUCACAGGCUGGGGUACCAUAUCUCACACCCUCGGCUGCGGACGAUCGGGGCAGGGUCGCUGCCAUGGUCGCCGCUGAGUCCGCUUUUCCGCAUGACGGCUACAGCGGGCUCAGGAAUUAUGCUUCCGAACCCGUACCUUCGAGUCCGUAUCCAACUCCAGUGAUGUGGGGUUCCUCCCCAUCUUCCUUGUUUCCGGCAGGUUCGCUGGGCGUUGGAGUACCUGGAAUGGGGCUGGGUGGUGCUAGUAUGAGUGUCGGAUGUACAGGUGGUAAUCCCUUAGAAUGGACUGGUCAAGUAACAGUACGAAAAAAGCGUAAACCCUACUCAAAAUUUCAAACACUCGAACUGGAGAAGGAAUUUCUAUUCAAUGCCUACGUAUCCAAGCAAAAGCGCUGGGAAUUGGCGCGCAAUUUGAACCUAACGGAGCGCCAAGUCAAGAUAUGGUUUCAAAAUAGAAGAAUGAAGAAUAAGAAAAAUAGUCAACGUCAAACACAACAACAGAGUAACAAUAAUAACAAUAAUAACAGUAGUGCAAAUAAUGCUAAUCAUCAUGGAACUGGUGGUAGUCAUCAUCAUCCCGGUGGAGGUCACGGGCCGACGAGUCAUCAUGUACCAGUGGGUCAGGCGCACCACGCAAACGGCUCGUCCAAGCAUCAUCAGUGACCCGUAGCUUUCUCUGGGGUUGUCUUCCAUCAUCCUCACAAUGCAUCAACUCCAAUUCACGGUGGUAGCACUGGUCAGGGAUUAUUGUCAGCGACAGCGAGUCACAGUCUUCAUGGUACAUCCCAACAAUUGACAACAUCACUUACACACAGUAUUGGCACUGCUCAUCAUUCACAUCAAUCUAGCCAUCAGUUGGCGCACAUGAGUGCUCAACAGCAUACUGCAUUGCUGCAUCAAACGAGUCAUGGUCUUGCUGCCUGAGUAGCGUCAUGCUGGCAUCCGGACUCACCGAGUGACGACACUGAUGAGGAUGCACCGGACAUCACCCAGAGAAAUUUCUAAUGUAAGACUACACGAUUAUUGUAACGAGAACAUACGAAAAACCGAAAAAUGGAUAACACGUACAUAUUGGAGAUAUAUGUAUAUGUAUUUAUAUUAUUCUCAAGUUUGGAAACGUUGCACCUUCGUGAUGAUGGGGAGAACGAGACAUGUUGGGUAAUAAGUUUUUAGACAAUUUUAAUCGAAUGCUCUACACUCAGUGUUUUAUCGUGAUGAUGGAUGAAUGGCGAUUGUGAUGUUUGAGGGGUUUUCUCGGAGGUUGAAUGGUGUUUAAUGAUUUUUCAUGUGUGCUACCUACAAAAACGUCCAACCCGUAACGCGAUAGUAUUACUCCAAUUAUACAUAGUUGAACGGAGUAGAGUAUAAUUAAAUUAAUGGUAAAUUAGUAUUUCUUGGAUUCGAAAGGAUAACUGGAAUUCUACUCAAAUUGCAAUUUAUCGAAUGCAAGUGGUUUCAUUGUGGCUUUUUUUUGCGCGGAGAAAAACGUUGGAGAAGAAUUACUGAGCGAGUCAUGUAAUCGUGGAGCGGAAUCCAUUUCUAGGUCUUUUUUACACAGCACACUGUUAGGAAUGUCUUGAAAUUUCAGUCACUGCUUCAGCUGAAUUCUCAAUGGUGUGGGUUUAACUUCAAACGAAAAUGUUCAUAAAAUUUAUCAUUCAUCUUGAA